AUCGAUAUCGAUUUAAAGACAUUCCGACACCACCAAGCACCUCCCCCAUCUCUCUUCUCUCUCUCUCACACAUACACACAAACUCACACACAGACACUCUUUUCCUUGAACUCUGCAACUCCCGAGCUAACUCAGUUAAAAUAACCACGAGUUACUACGAAGCCUCAAACGAAGUGAAAAUUUUACCUUUUAUUUAUCUUUUCAAGAUCUAUUCUUUUAUUCUUGUCCUUAUUCUUCGUCUCUUUCAUUUUUUUUUUUUCAUUUUCCGUUUGAACUCUGAGAAAUAGAGUUCACAAUAGAGAUCUGCUGCAAAUGUUUCGCCUUUCACUUUUCAUCUUUUUCGUCCUGACAGCGAAUAAACAGGUGUUCCUAGCCUUUUCUGCAAAGAGAAAUUUGUUAUUGUUUCUGGGCUUUCGAUUGUUAUUCUUGUCUCAGCUCUUGGCAAAUGGAUCGAAGAAAGUGAGAGCUGUUAGUCACAGCAAGGCAGACAUUGCAAAUAUAUCAUCUAGUUCGGCAGUAACACAUGCCGUCAGUCAUCAGGUGGCAGUGGGUGGUAUUGGUGCCAAUUGGGGGUCCCAAUCUUCCCACAGGCUUCGGCCAGAAAUUGUGGUGAGGAUGCUGAGGGAAAAUGGGAUUCAAAAGGUGAAGCUUUUUGACGCCGAUUAUGACACUUUACGGGCCUUAGCUGGGUCCGGGAUUCAGGUUAUGGUGGGAAUCCCAAACGACAUGCUGUCAACGCUGGCGGGAAGCUCCAAGGCUGCCGAGAGGUGGGUCUCCCAGAAUGUGACACAUCAUCUCUCCAGAAAUGUCAUGAUCAGGUACGUGGCGGUUGGAAACGAGCCCUUCUUGGAGACCUACAACGGUAGCUUCCUCCGAACCACCUUCCCCGCCCUCCGCAACAUCCAACAAGCCCUCGCCAACGCCGGCCACCAAACCCAGGUCAAAGUCACCGUCCCCCUCAACGCGGACGUCUACUCGAGCCCCUCCACCGGCGCCCCUUCCGGCGGCGACUUCCGCGCUGACAUCCACGACUUCAUCCUCCCCAUCGUCCGCCUCCUCAGCGACACCCAAUCCCCCUUCACCGUCAACAUCUACCCUUUCAUCUCUCUCUACACCGACCCAAAUUUCCCCGUCGAGUACGCCUUCUUCGACGGCACCGGCGCCACCCCAGUCGACGACUCCGGCACCUCAUACUACAACAUGUUCGACGCCAACCACGACACCCUCGUGUGGGCCCUCCGCCGAAACGGUUACGCCAACAUCCCCAUCAUAGUCGGCGAGAUCGGCUGGCCCACCGACGGCGACCGCAACGCGAACCUUGAGUACGCCCGCCGCUUCAACCAAGGGGUCAUGGCCCGAAUCUCUUCGGGCCGAGGGACUCCCAUGAGGCCCGGCCCGCUCGACGCGUACCUCUUCAGCUUGUUCGACGAGGACGAGAAGAGCAUACAGCCCGGGAACUUCGAGCGGCAUUGGGGGAUUUUUCGGUACGACGGCCAGCCAAAGUACGAGCUUAGCCUUAAUGGCGGGGGAUCGGGAUUGGUGGGGGCGAGGAAUGUGACGUAUUUGGAGGCCAAGUGGUGCAUUAUGAGGCCGGGGGCGAGGCUGGACGAUGCCAGGGUGGCGGCGAGCGUGAGCUACGCGUGCGGGCUGGCGGACUGCACGUGUUUGGGGUACCAGACGUCGUGCAGCGGGCUGGACGCGCGGGGGAAUAUAUCCUACGCGUUUAAUAGCUACUACCAGAAGAAUAACCAGCUGGACGAUGCUUGUAAGUUUAACGGGCUGGGGACGGUUACGCGGGCCGACCCGUCGGUUGGGAACUGCAGACUCAUAAACAAGAAACUUUGGGAGUUGGAUUUAGCAGAACGUAGUAGUUCUACUGAAAUGGCCAGGAAAGCAUUUUGUGGAAAUGUUACACCAAUAUUUUGCGUCUGCAGUAGGGCUCAAAGAUUGGUUAACAUCACCUACAAGCUCAUUCAAAGACUGGUGAUGGAAAGUUUGUUCAGAAAGAAGUUCUCCGAAGCCACUGAUAGCAGUCUAGUAAGCCCGAUGGUGAUACAAGACGUGACUCGGACACUGGAAAACGCGAUGUGGUGA